CAAGAUCAGGUCAAAACUUAAACGUCAAAUGGACGUCAAAAAUGGAAAUCUAUUUUUCCAAUUUCAAUUCGAUAAAUUUUAAGAAUAUGCUAAAUUUUGUUUCGAAAUUAGGCUUCAGUGUUGACCAGUGACUAUGUGUAUUCGCUGAAAGUCGUCAUCAAUUAAAAGUAAUCUCAAUUUCACACAAUGGACGGUGGGGACAGGAUUCUGGUGGCUGCAGGGCUGACAGCUGCAGUGGUCGUGGGGGCAUUCGUCCUUUGGGGUCCUGGAGGAGCCCCUCGCGUGCGGAAGCGCCGCGGACAAAUCGCAGGAUUGCAAAACUUGGGCCGAACUUGCUUCUUGAACACAUUGUUGCAGGCCCUUGCAGCCAGCCCUACCUUCAUCGAAUGGCUUAAAAAGUACGCCAAAGCAGACUCGCACAACAGUAUGAUCACGACGCUGUACACUGUGAUUGAAGUUGUAAAUGGCACCCACGAAUCUGCCCGAGGCACUCCGGUGUGUCCUCUCGGAGUGCUGCAGUCACUCCGAGCGGCUGGCUGGGUGGUGCCCGCUGACCAGCAGGAUGCUCACGAGCUGAUGCAUGUGCUGUUGUCUUGUAUUGAAGAAGAAACUAAUGCCAUGGCAAGGAAGCCGGGCUGCCUCUCAGACGCGCUAGGGCUCCACGGCGGACGCGCGUGGUCAGCGCUGGCGUCGCCGGCCACGCCCCCGGGCGCCGCGGAGCCCGCGCGCCCCGCCUCCGCCGCGCCGCCGCCCGAGCCCGACCUUGUCGACCCCGAACCGAGUCCGGGUCUACGGCUGCAGAAGGGCGUGUCGCGGUCGUUCUGCCACCUGAGCUCGGCGGGGCGGCGCUGGCUGCCCGCGACUGCGCCCGCGCGCGCAGCGCCCGCGCUGCCCUUCCGCGGCACUCUCGCCUGCCGUCUGCGCUGCGCCGCCUGCGAGGCCAAGAGCCCGGUUAGGUAUGACAAGUUCGAUAGUGUGUCCCUGUCAAUGGCCAGCGCCAGUUCAGGCCUCACUGGAUCUUACAGUCUUCCUGGUCUUUUACGAGCGUUCACCGCCCCGGAGAUGGUGAAGGGCGUGCGCUGCAACAAAUGUUGCCCGGAGUCCAGCAGCGGGGAGGUGGUGUACACCAAGCACAUCAAGACUGUCAGCUUCGGCAAGCUGCCGUGCUGCCUGUGCCUGCACAUCGCGCGCGUGGAGUGGGCGGGCGGCGCCCUCAGCAAGCGGGCGGAGUUCGUCGCCUUCCCGGAGACGCUGGCCAUGGCGCCCUACGCCACGCUGCAGCCGCCCUCGACGCCGCUGUCGUCGCUGUUCCGGCUGCAGGCCGUGGUGGUGCACGUGGGAGGCCCGCGCUCCGGACACUUCGCCACCUACCGCCGCGGCACCGGCUUCGAGGGCAACAGAUGGUGGUACACCUCGGACACGCUGGUACACGAGGUGAGCCUCCAAGAGGUACUGCGAUGCUCAGCCUAUAUGCUGUUCUACGAAAAAGCUAAACAAGACGCCGUGCCUCACAGUGGGCCUUUAUCCGCGGCUGCAGCCACACACCAUUUCUAGAAUGUCGUCAACGACGCUGAGAUACAAGAAACUAGAAAGCUCUAGAAUGUUCUGGAUUUUUCUCCUGUAGAAGGAUCGGAAUACAAGCUACAGAGGCUGUGAAAGAUAAUUUUCUACAUCGAGAAUAAUGAGGUUUUGUACAUUUCUACAAAAUUGUAAGAUUUUAGAUCAAAUGUCAGACGAAUGGUAUAUACACCAAAUAAUUGCUUCUAGAAUGUUCUUGAUUCGAUAGAAUGAGGAUUCUUCUAAGAAAAUCUAGAAAGAGAAUAUUCAAUACGCUGAACGAACGUGACAAAUUAAUAAUUAAUUACAUUUGAACGAUAAGUUUCGAAAUAUUGUGGAUUGAUCGGAAUGAGCUGAGAAAAUGAUCAGAGAAAGUACAUAAUUAUUGUAUAUAUAAUAUAUAGAGGACAAUGGAUACUUUAUACGGUAUUUCUCAUUGAAUGUAAUGCUUAUAACUUUCUAAUGCCGGCUCCACACUGUCGCGGAUCACAUAUCCAAACUUUGUCAGAUCCGGCAUACAUUGCUGGAUUUUUAUUGCGGUAAUUAAAAGCGCUUAUAUAUACUACGCUAUGUUCGCGCAUUCGCGUCGACAUCUGUCCGAGUCGGGCGAUAGUACGGUGCCGGCAUAACUCUUUUUGAAGUUUCUUUACCCUUUUAAAAUACAAACUCAAUCAAAUAUUCCAUCGCAUUUGUUUACAUAGGUUGUACAUAUUAUAUUUUCUGGCAUUUACUUAGGGUAGUUCUGUCCUUUUGAAUUUGUUAUACUAUGGCUUUAUUGCAAAGACAUAAAGAACGUUAUAUUAGGAUCCCACAGACAAAGACAAUGAGCUAGCGUAGCCAAUUGAGAUAGAGCAUUUUGAUACAACUUCCCGGCCUUCAUCAUACAAAGCGGCAAGAACGGCGUUGUAAAACCUGGCGCAAGGUGAGGUAUUGCAAUUUAUCGUCUCUUUUUUAUCUUGUAUAUUUCUAAUACGCGUUUCUUUUUCUUGCAUGAGCGAAACGAUAAUCGAUGUCUUUAGUUUUCUCUGUCUACGUUUAGCUGCCGGUCGACCCGUGUGAAGUUAGGUAAUUGUCUCCAUUCAAAUUAGUCCCUAAAACACCUGACAAUCACACGUGAAUGACCUACCUAGUAUUUUAAUUUACUGCAGGUGAAAUUGAAACAUUUUGAUACCGAUUAGAUUUAAACCUAACUUCAGGUCGGUCGUGUAUUUAUUAUACUUUAUUCUUCAGAUAUUCUUUCUUCGACCUUAAUGUACUUUAAAUCUUAAAUUCACGCAAUUUGCAAUCGUAUCAGCAAUAAGCUUAGCUAUUUGAUAUUUCGCCCUAAAUAAUGCUCAUAAUUAUGUAUAUUUAUGCAGUAUUAUUGAAGUCUGUAAAUACGUGACCUGAUAACUAUGACUAAUUUUAUGUUCUUUUGCGACCAAAUUAGUAAAAUGUAGUAUUUUAAGCACCAGGUUUAUCUUUGACUGAUUUUAGACGCACAUACACAAUGUCCAACGUCCAUAUUUACGAAUUAAAAACAUUUUUUUUAACUAUCUGAUUUAAAUACCUCUAUUUUCUUACUAUCUACUGCAUUUAUCUCAACGCUACAUAUCGUAACCACUUAUUCUAUACAUGUAAAUUAAGUUACGAUUCACUGACUAAACUAAAACCCAACAAAAAUUCAAUUGUUACAAAAUUCUUGCUGCUGAUUCGAAAGGAGUUUGGCGACAAUAAUCUGAUACGAAAUACGAAAUAUAGUAUGUCUAUGAUCAAAGUAUAAAUGCCAGUAUCGAAAAAUUGACAGCGAAUUAAAACCGCAGUGGCGCUACUGUCGCCACAACUACAACGUAGUCGGUCUGUUAUCAAUAGUUCCACUAAUUGCCGCGGGACUUUACUGAUCUACUGAAUCACUGGCGUUAUCAUUACUAGGCUAAAUGUCAUAGAUCACUUUAGAAUGUAUGGUAUCCGAUACACCAAAAUAGUCAUAUGUUUAAAAAAAGCUAGAAAAAGCUGGGCGAAUUCAGGGGUUAUUUAUACCCCUGUAUUGUCCGUACAAGCCCCACUCGAAUUAUAAAUAAACUAUUUUAUAUGUAUGUAUAAUAUUCGUGACAGGAUUUUAGAUAUAUCUGAAGCCGUUUGAAUGAUAGUGGUAGAUUUAAACAAAUAUAGUCUUUUAAAAAAGUAUAUUUAUUUUAAAUUUCGCAUAAAUUAUUGCACAUUUGUUUAGGAACAUGUACUUAUAAGUUAUACUUUUAAUGGCACUGUUCUGAAGUUAUUUCUAUGAGCACAUGAUAAACUGUAUAUUAUAUUGAGUACCAGUCAUUUGUUCUGUAAGCGGAGCUAGUGUGUGUGUUUGUAACUUCAGCUGACAGGGCAGAUAAUUUAAUAUUUGAAUGAUUUGUACACUAAAUCUAAAAAAAGUAUGAAAUAAUAAUAUUUGUUAUUAGAUAUAUUUCCUUCGAUGAAUUGGUUGGUUUUGGUCAUACUUUAUGAAUUUUAAUAAUUUUUUUUCAAAAGUAAUAAAUCAAAUCACAACUUUUUUCACGUUAAUACAUGUUUAUAUGGAAUCCAAAAUUACCUCAAUCUAUAGCCAAGCUGUAACCGAAGGAACAUUAAUAUAAAUGAUAAAUUUUAUUUUUAUAUUUUCUGUCUUCAAACUUAGUGCCAUAAUAGUGUAGUGUACAAGUACAGAAUUGACGUUAAUAGUGAUAGUACUGCACAAAGUGUGGAUGGGUGUGGAAGUGUGGAUGCACAAUAGAGAACAGUAACAUCAGUUGUAACCUGCCCAAUUUCAAAUUCAGGGUAACUUUAAAUGUAGUUGAUUCUUUGAACAGAAUAUGUUUUGUGACGUUGUAGCUGUCUUCCUUUACUGCUCAUAACUGAUACAGCUAACACACUCAGCAGUGAUACUCUAUUUCUUGUUUCAAAUGUUACACGAAAUAAUCACUGUAUGCUUUUAUUACUUGCAACAUAGCUUUACCAAGUCAUCCAUUUUGAAUAUUGACCUAAAUGUCCCAUUGAAAAUUAAAAUUUAUUAUGGCUAAAUUAUCCUACCUUAUAGAUUUUCUAUUAAAAUGUCGUAUAGGAAUAAAAUUAAAAGAAAGAAGAAUGAAGUUGGUUUCGACACUUUUGCCCACUUCUGAGCAUAUAAUUACAAAUUAUUCAAAAUUCCUUUAAUAAUGUGUUUGAGCUGUUUGUGUGCCUAAUUUGAUAUGCUGUUAAACUUUUAAAAAUUCUCAUUAGACAUUUAUUAUAAUAAGAAAGCUGAAUUGUUGCUUAUUUUAUUAUUAGACUGUGUUAUGAAUGACGAGCGAAACUAUUUUAUCUAAUCUCAGCCAAACAUAUUGGCUAAUAGGCAGAUGUGAAUAUGUCGCAAUAUUGUGUUGUUAAAUAUAGAAAAAAAUGUUUCUAAUUAUAUAUUUUUAACCUUCAUUGGAUUAUUUCAUUUUUAAAUUAUAAAGAUCCUCCAAUUUGUUGUAAAUUAGAUAAUUUUCGAGGAUAUGAUGAAAUUGUAUUUAUAGUAAGUUGUGUUUGUGUUGCGCAAUAAUGAGGCGACGGUGCCGCCGCCUGCGCAUCUCAACCCUUCCGUUGUAGCUUAAAUUCUUGGGAAUUCCUUUUCAGAUAUAAACAAUAUGAUUCAUUCUUUGAGUCAUGUUGUUUUGGUGACCUUGCUUGUCAGAAAUUAUGUAAUAAUAUAAUUGGCUAAAUAGUUUGCUCCAGUGUAAUAUUUGUAUUUACAUGUUGUGUUUUAAAAUAUUUUUUCUUAUUAGAUUGUUGUUUCUAACAUAUCUGUUUUACACACUUCGGGCCUACCAUCAACUUGUAACAAUUCCAAUACUACUCAGUUAAAUUUUGGAUCCUGAAAAGUAUUGCAUAAGACAUUAUUAAUUUAAGAUGCAGAUCAGUUUAGGUCACAAAGUGGAUUGUGUUAAAAGAUGAUAGUAAGCCCCUUGUUCCUAGAUAGAUUACAAUUUUCCAAUUUUCUGCUAAAUUACCAAAUACAAAUACUUUAUCAUGUCUGUACUUAACAUGUCAAGCACAGAGAAACAAGAUGCAAUAGAUACCUAAACAAUUGUUGUGGUAACUGGUGACUAGCUGAUAGGUUAAACCAGAUAUAUGUGGUUUUUGUAAAGUCAAAGACGAGGGUUGAGGUAGCUGCACUGGACAGUGGCAGAAAAGGACUUCCAGAGCAACGCAGUGGCAACUGUUUGUGUUGUAAAAAAUGUUUAUAAUAAACUUUAAGUUUUA